CCUUCUAUGGAUGAUCAUGGCAUGUCUCCAAUAAAGAACUGAUCCGUCAGUCAAUCGUUAAUUGUAAUGUGAGUGCAUGGACGACGGUUGCUAUGCUAACAAAUUCAUUCAUCUAUGCCAUGGAACAGAAUCGACGCAUGCACUGCACAUCCUAGUUUUUGUAUCCCUGACAUUUUGCGAGAAAUAGGUUAUGUUUACCGCUCUUUUUGAUAUUUUUUUUUAUAAUUCUUGUCUAAGGUUUUUCAUUUGAUGAACUUGAAAAAAUCGAAAAAUAGCGUGUGAUUCGAAACCCCUUCAACAAAAAUGGAUGAAGCUUCAUCUCCAGAACCUGAGUCAUUCAAAAUAACAUGCAAGGAUUACCCCUCAGAGUUCAUAUUGGACAAAAACGUAGCGAAGGACUAUUUUCGACAAUUCGGGAAACUCAAGAGGGUCACUUUCAGACCGAAACUACGUUUAUGCACUGUAGAAUAUGCCAAUAAAGACUCGUACAUGAAUGCCUUAAGUCGAGCUGGAGAAUAUAAGGGCAGAAUAUUUGAGGUAAUAAAAAAUCAAUCACCCGAGACAAAGAGAAAACCUUCUGAUGAGAAAAAUACAAAGACUGAUAAACAAGAGCCAAUUUGGGUAGACAAAGAUGAGAUUUAUGCUGAACUUGAAGCUAUGAUGGGAAUGGCUCCAAAAUCUCAUGCCACAAAAGAGAUGUCUACCAGCUCUGAAUUGCCAGCAGUGAAGAGUCCAAAAUUGAGGAGAUCCUGGAAACGUGAAACUGUAGAAAAAAUGCCUGACAAGCCUAAGAAGAUCAAAACAUUAUUGGAGAAAACAGAGAAAACAAAACCUAUGAAAUCCAAACCUACACCUAUUGUAAAAACUCCAGUAAGGACGUCAUCUUUAUCACUAGAGCAAGUUGAUUUGGUGAACAUAAUUUUAUCUCAAGCAGUAACUGCUGAAGACAAAUUCAGAGUUCUGGAUGCUAGAGAUAAAUUGAUUAGAGCCAAACUGAAACAGAAAGGUGUAUGUGUGAAGUCUAAGGCAACCUUAGGGACUUGUCAAGAUAUGUGCCCUGAGAAGGAAAGACUGAUGAGGGAGACUAGACACCAGGUAGCUUUGUAUGAACAAAUGGAUGGCAGUAGUUCCAUGGAUAUCAGAAAAGCAGUGAAACAGUAUUCUAGAAGUUCGGCAGAUCAGGAAACACCUUUAGCCCAUGAACUGCGACCUGUAUCUGUGCUGCAGAUGACAAUGUGUUACUUGUUGCACAACAUUGUCGAUCUAUGUGAAAAUGAUGAUGUAAACCUAGCAGAAUGGUACCACUUCAUGUGGGAUCGCACCCGCGGGAUCCGAAAAGACAUCACCCAGCAAGAGCUCUGCUGCCAGGGUGCUGUAGAACUGGUAGAACAGUGCGCUAGGUUCCACAUCCACUGUUCAGCCAGAUUGGUAGCUGAGGAACCAUCCGUGUGUGAUCAGAAAAUUAACACUGAGAACUUGACUAAGUGCCUCCAGUCCUUGAAGUACAUGUACCAUGAUCUACAGCUCAAAGGGGAAAGGUGUCCAAAUGAGGCUGAGUUCCGGGCAUAUAUUAUUUUGUUGAAUUUGAAUAAUGCCAAUUUUAUGUGGGAGGUGAGUGUUUUUCUGAUAUGUUUGCAUCAUGCUGAAGAGUUGCCAAAUAGCACGAAACAGCUGUCCAUGGUUGGUCAUAUAUGGGCGGAAUGAAAGCUAUAUUAAUAAUCUUAUAUUUCUUACCACGCAACUAUUUAAUUCCAGUUACAACAACUGCGACCAGAAAUUCAGAAAUCCAAAGAAGUCAAAUUCGCUCUAGACGUCUACUCGGCUAUUGACAAAAACAACUAUGUCAAAUUCUUCAAGCUGGUUUACUCAACAACGUACCUCAACUCUUGCAUUUUGAUGCGAUACUUCGUCCAAGUCAGAGUCACAGCUUUGAAAACAAUACUGAAAUGUUAUUCGCCCAGAGCAUUGAAAUCAGUGUUUCCCUUGGAAGAACUCGUACGAAUUUUAGCCUUCGACGAUACCGAAUCGGCAAUAGAUUUUUUGAGAUCACAUGGUGUAGCUUUUAAUGAAGAAAAUACCAAUAUUAUCAUUGAGAAAACAACGUUCCAGCUUCCCGAGUUUCCGUAUAUUCUUGAUAGAUCCUUGAAUGUUGUUGAGUCCAAGAGAACAUACUCUGUCGGCAGGGUGAUCUGUGGUAAAGAUCUACCACCUAAAACGUACAACAAUCAUGUGCCACAAAGCAGUUUUGACAAGAAAGGGUAUCUCAUCUAUAAGGAUAUCCUUGAAGAACGAGAUUUGGAAGAAGCAAAGUCCAGGCUUUUGGCUGAAUUGGCUGCAGAUAGUGUGGAGCCUGAGAAACCUGAAAAGGCUACCAGGGACCAGGAAUAUAUCAGCCCGUUUGCACAGAAAGUCAAUGAAAGUAGCAGACAGGAAUAUGUUAGUCCAUUUGCGCAAAAACUUGAAACCAGUGAAACAGCAACAGGAUUUGGCCAAAGUAUCUUCGCGAAGAAUGAGCCAUUCGGAGCUGCACCCGCAACUACAACCUCGUCAAGUUUUCAACACACUUCAAGCAUUUUUGGGACGCAACCGUUUGCCAAACCACCUGCCCACACGGAAUCUAUAUGGCAGAAACCUCCAGCCAGUUCAAUAUGGCAAAAACCGGCCACCGUGGAUGAACCAGAUGCCACUUCUCAACCAAUAUUUGCGUCGAAAAGCAUUUUUCCUAAACCUGCAGGCCCCACAAGUAUAUUUGCACAACCUGUGACAAAAGCGGGAUCCAUUUUCGACAAACCUUCAGCAUUUCCGUCCAACGUAGCAUCUCAUCUUCAUCCAAAGUCUCAGUUUGAGUCUUCAAAACCUUCGUUUGAAGCACCAGCAUCUCUGUUCGGAGUUCCAAAACCUCAGCUCGAUGUUCGAAAAACAAUGUUUGAAGAUCCGAAGCCCCAGCUUGAACUUCCCAAGCCUCAGGUACAAAAAUCUUCAGAUCCAAAGAAAGGUGGUUUCAGUUUUCCUCUUCCUACAACUAUUCCCUUGCCGACCACCAUUAAUAAACCGUCAAUGCCAAAGGCCGUAAUGCCAGUAUUACCGUCCAUUGAUCUGAAGAAGUUGGAAGAAGAAAAAAGGAAGAAAGAACAAGCAGAUUUGAAGAGUAAGGAAGAGGAGCUGAAGAAAAAGUUAGAGCUUGAAAGGAAGAUUUUGGAGGAGCAGAAGGCUAAAGAGAAAGAAAGAUUGAGGCAAUUGAAGAUGAAAAAACAGGAAGAGGCGCUAAAAAGAAAAAUGGAAGAAAUUGAAAGAGAACUGGAGCGAGAAAGGCAACAAAAAGAAAUGGAGAUUAAAGCAGCUGUCGCGGAAGUUAUACAAACAUUAGUUGAAACCGUCGUCGAAAAUUGCAGAAAAGAAAGAAUGGAAGCAUUAAAACAAAAAAUAGCGAACAGACUAGCUAGUAAGAUGAUAAAACAAUGGAAAACCGUAGUGUUGAGAAAUAAAAGAAAACGUAAGGCAAUGGAUUGUAGUCCAGUGUGGAUAAACACAAAAACAUUGAAGCAAGAAGCUGAAGAAUUACACACUGCAUCUCAAGACCUAACAUUAGCUCUAAAAAUGCGAUACAAAUAUGGAAAGUCCAUUGAUAUUGACCCUAUUUUAGACGACAAAGUUGAAAAGCUUGAUCUGUACAACAUGACUCAGGCUACUCUCAGAAAGAGGUACUAUAAUUUGACAGGCCGAAUGCAAAAAAACAUAUUUUGGAAAGUUGUUAUAAGUAUACCAGAUGAGAGAGAAUUGCCAAAUGGACUCACCAGGAUAGAAGAAACAUUGGAAAAUGCUCUGAAUUGGACAGAUAGAAAUUGUACUAAAGUUGUUAUCGAGAGACACAAACCGAGUCCUGUUGAAUCAAUAACGUACUGUGUUGAGAAGCAAAAAGGACUUGAUAUAAAAGAACCUGACGCUAAUGGUAUUGUAUUCAUUGCUAAAGAUUACAACCCAUACCUUCAAAGACGGAUUUUCGAACACCUAAAGGACUAUGGCGUCUUCACAAAAGUUCCUAUAGUGGUACUACUGCAGGAGUACGAAAAAGACAAGUGCAAUUUGAACCCACUUAUUGAAGAGAAAAUUGUAUCGGAUUACGUUAUACUAGUAGAAAAACUAUCGCCGUACAUUUUAGUGAAUUUGAUCGAGGAAGGUUUAGUAUUUUUAGCUAGCAAAGUAGAGAAACCUCCUCCUCUAGAGCUAGAUACUCUUUAUUCGUUUUUGUCUCGGUAUCUUUGUACGGAAAACUGGAAGAGAGCAAAUAGUUUCGCGAAAUGGAACUCGUGCUACAAGGCUUGUUUAAAAAACCCCAAUGUCAUUAUCAGCCUAUAUAAUGAGGCUUUGGGUAGAUUGAGUAAAAUUGCUUUAAAUAAAUCCUGCAAAGAAUACGCAAUUUUUCCUGAAGCGUUCAAGGAUUAUUUGCCGAGCGAAAUUCCCGACUAUCUUCCUUGUACGUACCAUUACUUCCCGAAGUUUUGGAAAGAUCCACAAUAUAUAACAAAAUUAGAAAAGAUAUUGAAAAGUAUGAGGAUGCCAAAAUGGGAGGAUCAGUGGCCACCAAGUAACGAAUUGGAGCUGGAAGUGAACCUUUCAAAAUAUUGCACCAAGGUUUAUAAAAAUCCAGAAAAACCAUUUUAUAAAAUAAUGAGUGUUUUAUUGAAAGACAUAGAUCCGAAUGAAAAUUUUAAAGACAUUUCUGACAUAGUCUGGACCGACGUAAUUGAAGUCUUGGGUACGGAGAAAAUGAACGAGCUGAAUUUGAGUUUGAAAUGUACGUCAUUUGAUAACACGUCCAUAUACAACCAGUACAUCGUGGUGUAUGAUGUAGAAACUCUGCACAGCUUCACAGAUAGUGAUUGGUUUUAUGUGCACCAUCCUCUUGUAAAGAAACAUAUGAAGAAAAAAUAUAAAGAAGAAAUAUCGCCAGUUAAAGAGAAUCCGAUAGUUUCGUCCCCAGACAUUGAUAUAGAUCAGACGGUUAGAGAAGUGCAAAAUCAGCUGAGGCAUAGGAGCAAUGUGACGGAUAUGAAGAAGGAACUAGAUAGUUUUAGUGCUUUAUUAAGUGACCUAGAAACGAGUAUGACUAUUGCUAAGAAAAUCUCGUCGAAAUUCGAACAAGAACUGAAAAAUGCCAUAGAUAGCACGUAAAGUGGUAUAUUACAUUCAAUCUCAAUAAUCUUAGUCUGAUUGUCCCAUCAAAGACAGAACGUAAUAGACUCUGGAUCUUUAUUUAAACAACUUGCGAGUUUUCCGUCGUUGGAUUUUAAAAUGGACCAGAAGUUAGCCCAGACUAGACACUAUGGCCGUUAGUUGUGGCAUGUUUAGACUGUAUGUGGACUUCAGAAAGGCCACUGAAUCCCACAUCAAGAACUGAAGUUAGCUUAGGUCGCCACAGGUCAUGUUUGCCUGAUUAUCCCACAACUUAGUCGAGAAGUAUUUCUGUGGCAAAGAGUUAAAAGGGCAAAGUCCAUUUUUUUGUCCUAUAACAUUUUUUCGUAUUCGUUGAUAGGGUGGCUAAAAGAACAAUUCAGUAAAAUUGUAUAAGUAGAUAUAUGAAGAGAAGGUCCUUAAAAUCACCAUAAAUAUUAAGAUCACGAUAAAAUUCGUCUAGCGUCAUUGGUAAAAAAGCCGCAAGUUAAUUUUAUACAAGUCGAUAAACUUGACUUAUGCCCUUUUCACUAUUUGCCACACAUUUUAUCUCUAUAUAAAACAUGUAUAUAUUCGCAUCAGAGUUGUUUUUUAUUUUUGUAUUUAGAAAAUGCAUUUCAUUCAUAUUGUCUGUCUGAGAACAAAAUACAUUUUGGUAGAUUAAUAUUUUUUAUUAUACUACUAUACAAAUAAAAAUACAUCAAAAUAAGCAUAAUUAAUAUAGGCUGGCAUUGAAUAGCUUCAUAGUUUGUUCGUACAGUGGUCGAUGACUCUGACAGGUAUCCGGCCGUGUGAAUUUCGUCUAUAUAGCAUAGCAGAGUGAACGGAAUUUGCUUGGCAAGCUCUUGGACAUGAUCGCUGACAUGUUAGUGACAACUGAACGAACAGGACUAUUGUCUUUUUCACGAAUAUCCAUUAUGGUAGAAUAAUAGCUGAUUAUCUAUAGUGUAUUUACACCCAAGAUAGAAUGGAUGCGUGAUUGCCAAAAGCAAGGACGGCGUACAGGGCCGCAUUCAGGGCUACCUCCGAAUGAUGGACUACCACCAACGUGUUGUAAAACAAAGAUGACAGUAUUUAACGAAAUUAUCUAAUAUAGUGAAGUAGUUAUAGUUAA